CGGCUGCGCUCACCAACGGACUCCUGGAGGCCAUGGACGACAGAUGACAUACAGCGAUGGACUUCUGGUCACGAUUGAUUGGGGCCACCCCCAAGAAACAGGCCGCGUCGAACAACCCCCAACAGCGUCUGGCACGCUUCAAGAGAGUAUAUAAUGAGAUAUUGCAAACUUGGCACAAAACCUCCGCCUUUGCCUCCGACGCGCAAGCUAUAGCAGCGAUACGGACCUGCUUCCAGCGCCUCACCUCUAUCCUCAACGACGAAUCUCGAUCGCCAGCACCUCACCUCUGCCUUUCCUUUGCAGCCUCCUCCCAAAUCUACAAUGCUGUCUCCAAGAUCGCGUCGACUGCGUACAAUGAGGGUGUGGUCAGAGAUGGUGUUGCCCUGUUCGGAGCGCUCCUCGAUAGCGAGGAGGAAGAUUUUCUCGAGAACGACCAGUUUGCGCAAUCCCUCAUGAACUUUAUCGGAAGAAUUGUCGGCUCUGGCAGCAUGGUAGUGGGGGAAGAUACAGAAGCUGAGAUCGUGGAGCUCCUAUUUGGGAUAUCGGCCAAGAUCAGGUUACAACCGGAGAUACUGCCAGUGUGGUUCACCUCUCGUUCAAGCGACUCGCAGGGACGGUCGGUCAACCCAAAGGUUGAUUUUGCUGGUCUCACCCAGAAAGAAGACUUUCCUUUGUGCUACCAGUUGAUCGACCAUGUACAUCAUGAAGGCCGUAUCGGAGACUUUGCGCGGACUGGCUUGUUGUAUAUCUUCGAGUCCGCAUCGAAAUCGCAGGACCUGGAGCAAUGGAUCGUGGGUAGUGAUCUCCCGACGCUCAUGGCAAGUGGGCUCGGGGCACUUUACAGUCAACUCAGCAGGAAACUAUCAAUCUUACAUCCAACAGAAGACUUGCCAAUCAUCUUGACCCUUUCGGAUUAUAAUGAAAUGCAGAGCUCCGCACAAGCCGAGAGCCUGUUUUCUCCAGAGUUCACGGUCCAUAUGGACACAUUUCUCUCAUAUUUGACUUUCUGGCAGGACGUGCUAGAGCACUGCAGAUCUAUCGACGUUAGGCAUACUUUAAUAGAUCAUUUUCAAGUCUUAUUCCUGCAGCAACUAUUAUACCCCUCCCUGUUGGAGUCUUCAGAUAUGGACGGCGGCUCCUCCGUUGCAGUCUUAACAUAUCUUCGGCGCAUCCUAGACGCGCUUGAUCAUCCCGAACUAGUUCAUAUGAUACUUCAUUAUUUGCUAGCGCUUCCUGAAUCCUCAGAUGGGAGGCCACGCACACCGCGAUCGCCAGUAGCGCUUCAACGGCGGAAAUCUCUAAUGCUGCUUUCGCAGCCUGACAAUGACGAUGACAGGAUGAAUCCUUCGCUCUUCAACCUGGUAGAUCUAAUCCUUACUAGUGCGGAUUCUAAGAACCCGCAGACAGUCAUCUCUGCGCUAAAGUUGAUGACCGUCAUCCUCAGCAAGAAUCACAGCUAUGCUGUCGGGACUUUAUUGAAAGUCUUGGAUAUUCAUCACAUAGAGCCACAACGAACAGUUGGCGCCUUGGAUGCUGAAAUGGAAGCAUACUUGUCUCUUGCAACAUCCAUCGCCGGCGAAGUCGGACUGGACGAAGCGUAUGACAGUCAUCUUAAAGACACUCUUUCCCAUCUGGAAAGUCAUCCAUGUUCUCUCCGAAUGUUAUCACUGGCCGACGCGGGAUUACAAAGUCCCGACUUCUUCGCCAUUGAUGGGCCACGGGAGGUUAACUUACAUUGCAUUCUGCCUGAAGAUCCUCUACUUCGGUCUCUACUCCACCUACUCUCACGAUUUUUUACCAACGACGUUGAGACCAACCUUGCUUUGACAGAAGCAUUUUGUCAAUUAGGGGCAUGCGCCAAGUUACGUUUAGAGGGAUGGCUCUCGGUCGAACCGUCAAGAUACCAGUUCACUCCGGAGUCAGAGCAAGAGCAAGAGCAAGAGGAGGAUUCGGAAGAGGACUUCAGCCACGACAUCCACUUAGCCAACCGACACCUAAUGUGGACCUCUCACAACGCGCCAGCUCUCCUAUCUGGCCUAUCCUCGCUCCAGUCCCAGAUCGAGAUCAUGCGCACCGACAUCCCCGAUUUCGAACAACAUCUCGCAAAUAGAAAACAAGCAUUUCGAGUACACGAGGAGAUAACAGAGGCAAUGAAGGCGCCUACGCCUCAAUCUAAAUCCACGCGUCCCUCCGCCGAGCUCCCAGCCGGAACAUGGAGUCCUCAAAUACCGAAACACGUCCUCGAGAGCUCAGCAACACCGUCGAGGUCCCAGUCGCCCAGGGGCCGGAAGGAAGGGUUCGAUCCCACUGGUUCUCCUACCCCCUCUUCUCGGCUUGGAGGCCAAACUCUCAUUGGGUCACCAGCCCCCUCGCGUGGCCUCAGCCCUCUGCCUGCGCCGAAAGGGCAACGCCAGACCACCCUGAUGGCGGAUGUUUUCAGCAACCUAGCUGAGGUGGCAGACGCCGAGGCACUGAAGCGACGUAUAACCUUCCGACGGAUACCAAGCGAGCACAGGUUUGAGGUGGUGCUGAAGAACGCGCCUGAGGAACGUCAAGACGGUGAAGAGAAGGAGGAGGGCGAUGUCAAGGACGCCAGUCUAGGCCACGUCUUGACGAACGUUGUGAUUCUGCAAGAAUUUGUGCUGGAGCUUGCCGCACUGCUUCAAGUGAGGGCUAGUCUUUUUGGAGAGGUGAGGUUUGCUUAGUCGAUACCCCAGGGGCACGUCAGUUUUGCAUACGGUCUGUCAGCGGCGAAGGGAAGUAUUGCUUACUUGGAAUGAGUGUUCACAUUAUAUUAAGCUGCUCUUCUUCACACAAAGUGUGGCGUUGUUAUUGGCCAAUCACGGAUGUCAUUGAUGAGAAAAUUGAUGGACGUGAAUGCGCAUCACGUGACUCUCAACUUCUGUUCUUCUCAUCCACCCAUCAGUAAAGUCAUCGUCUUCUCAUAUGGACACUGCGUUCCACAAAGUUGCUUUUUCUCACGCAACUUACAUCGACAUGACUCGACUCUUCACCACACAUUAA